AUGGAACACACUGAAACCAACGCCAAGAAUCCAGAUUCGGCGCAAUGUGUUCGAGUCGCGGUGAAUAUUCGACCUCUUAUCACGGCUGAACUUCUUCACGGAUGCACCAAUUGCAUCACUGUUCCUCCCGGUGAACCUCAGGUGCAAAUUGGGACUCAUGCGUUUACCUAUGAUUUUGUGUAUGGGAGUACGGGAUCUCCAUCAGCAGCCAUUUAUGAUGAAUGUGUGGCUCCGCUUGUUGAUGCGCUGUUUCAUGGAUACAAUGCGACUGUUCUUGCUUAUGGCCAGACUGGAUCUGGUAAGACAUACACGAUGGGAACGAAUUAUAGUGGAGAGGAUAAUGCUGGCGGAAUUAUACCCCAGGUGAUGAGAACAAUAUUCAACCGGGUUCAGGAUAUCAAAGACGACUCAUCCGAGCUUUUGAUCCGCGUCUCUUUUAUUGAGAUUUUCAAGGAAGAGGUAUAUGAUCUGCUAGAUCCUAAUUCUUCAAAAGGAGAAUUGGCUGGAAAUGCCAAGUUUGCCGGGCCAGCUAGAGUUCCAAUUCAAAUUAGGGAGACUUAUAGUGGGGGAAUAACCCUGGCUGGUGUCACAGAGCCAGAAGUAAAGACUAAAGAAGAAAUGUCUUCUCAUCUCUCGCGUGGUUCCAUGUCCCGUGCAACGGGGAGUACAAACAUGAACAGCCAAUCAAGUCGUUCACAUGCAAUAUUCACCAUCACAAUGGAACAGAAGAAUGGCGAUGAUGUCUUAUGUGCAAAGUUACAUCUAGUUGAUCUUGCUGGUUCUGAACGAGCAAAAAGAACUGGUGCGGAUGGAAUGAGAUUAAAAGAAGGAAUUCAUAUCAACAAGGGAUUGUUGACUCUUGGAAAUGUAAUAAGUGCGCUGGGGGAUGAAAGAAAACGAAAAGAAGGAGGUCACGUACCGUAUAGAGAUAGCAAGUUAACACGGCUAUUGCAGGAUUCUCUUGGAGGGAACAGCAAAACGGUGAUGAUAGCUUGUGUUAGUCCUGCAGAUACCAAUGUUGAAGAGACAUUGAAUACAUUAAAGUAUGCAAAUCGUGCGCGAAACAUACAGAACAAGGCAAUUAUUAAUCGUGAUCCAAUGGGCGCCCAGCAGCAAAGACUGCAAAGCCGUAUUGACCAAUUAGAGGCUGAACUUCUGUGUUUUAAAGGUCUUGGUGGUGGAUCGUUGGAGGAAAUUCAGAUCCUAAAACACAAGGUAUCCUUACUCGAAGCAAGCAAUGCAGAGCUACAGCGCGAGCUUCAUGCACGUGGACAAAUCUGUGAGAGUUUAAAACAACAUGCCUGUGAUGCUCAGGUGGAGAAAGAUCAAUUGAUGAUGAAAAUAGAAGCAGUUCGAAAUGGUAAAUCUUGGGAUGAGAUUGACUCCGGUUCAAGCCAGGAUUGUGACCUCAUGAAAUCUUAUGUUUCAAAGAUCCAUGAUUUGGAAGAAGAAUUAUUGCGCAUGAAAAAUCUGAAUGUGAAAUCAAGCAAUUUUCCUGAUUGGGUUGAUUCAGAUGAUCCCGAGUUCCAGUCAAAGAAUGGUUUAUUUGUAGGUGGCAAUGAGUAUUCUUCUGAUUGUGAUGUCAAACCCGUGGGCAUAACAGAUGACGUGGAACCGGUGGAUGUUCGUGAAAAGGAGUUAGAACAUUCUUCUGCUCAAGAAAAGUUGGAUAGGGAACUCAAAGAAUUGGACAAGAAACUUGAACAAAAGGAGGCUGAAAUGAAGCUGGUUAACAAUGCUUCAGUUCUUAGGCAACAUUAUGAAAAGAAACUUCUUGAGUUGGAACAUGAGAAAAAAUAUUUACAGAGAGAAAUUGAAGAGCUCAAAUCUACCUCUGGUGAUAGCACUCACAAACUAAAAGAAGAAUAUCUUCAAAAAUUAAAUGCACUUGAAUCACAGGUCUCUGAGCUGAAGAAGAAACAGGAUGCUCAGGCUCAUCUUUUGAGACAAAAACAGAAAGGCGAUGAAGCUGCGAAGAAACUGCAGGAUGAGAUCCAAAGAAUUAAAUCUCAAAAGGUUCAACUGCAACACAAAAUUAAGCAGGAAUCUGAACAAUUUAGGUUAUGGAAAGCUUCUCGUGAAAAGGAAGUUCUCCAGCUUAAAAAAGAGGGGAGAAAGAACGAAUAUGAAAGACAUAAGCUGUUAGCGUUGAAUCAGAGAACAAAGAUGGUGUUGCAAAGGAAGACAGAAGAAGCAUCCUUGGCUACAAAAAGGCUAAAAGAACUUUUGGAAUCUCGGAAGGCCUCCUCACGUGAAACUGGUAUCAGUGGUCCAGGAAUUCAGGCUUUGAUGAAGGCAAUAGAACAUGAACUUGAAGUUACUGUCCGAGUGCAUGAAGUGCGCUCAGAGUAUCAACGUCAAAUGGAAGUGAGGGCUGAAAUGGCCAAGGAGAGUGCCCGGUUAAAAGAAGAAGCAGAGAUGAUGAAGCUAAACAAUACAAGUGGUAUAUCAAUGUCACCUGCUGCAAGAAGUUCAAGGAUUUUUGCCCUCGAUAAUAUGCUUGCUACUUCUUCUACAACACUAGUUUCCAUGGCAUCUCAAUUAUCAGAAGCUGAAGAGCGGGAGAGGGUUUUUAGUGGCAAGGGACGUUGGAACCAAGUCCGGUCCCUUGCUGAUGCCAAGAAUUUGAUGAACUAUUUAUUCAAUCUAGCAUCUUCCUCUAGGUGUUCAUUGCGAGAAAAAGAAUUUAUCUGUAGAGAUAAGGACAUGGAAAUAAGUUAUCUGAAGGAGAAAAUAGUUAGUCUAAGAGGUUCAAUUGAACAGUUGAAAAUGCAGAGGGAUGCACUUGAUCAUCAAUUGAAUUUGAUAAGGUCAGAAUCAAUGCGAGAUUCAGGAUAUUAUGUUGGAGGACAUCAUUAUGACUUACGCAAGCUGGAAAACCGGCGAUCUACCAUUUUAUUUGAGGAUAUGGAAAUAUCAGACUCAGAAUCAGAAGAGUAUGAUGUUGUAGAAGCAACAGAUGAUGAAUGGGUAGAGUCUGCGAAACUGAACGGCAGGAAAAGGAAAUCUAAAACCGGUGAACUUUCAAGCCUCGAAAAAAAUCAUUCUAUUACAAGUUCAGAUGAUGCCAAAGAUUCAACAGAAGCACCAGAUGCUCCACCAGUAAAAACUGCAUCAGAUGUUUGCUGCUCGUGUAGCAAAUUCUCUUCUUGCAAAACAUCAAAAUGCAUGUGCAGGGCUACGGGAGUUGGUUGUGGAAGUUCUUGCAGUUGCCGGGAAUCCAAGUGUGCAAACAGGGGGGGAUCUAGCUCCAAUGAGUUGCAGCAAGUGACUGAGAACGAUUCUGGUAGCGACGAAGCAAAUAAAAACCGCCUUCUUGCUACUCAAGGUGCCGAGUUGCUUCAGGGUGCAUUGAUUGAGGGGCCUGCUGAAACCAAGACUGAUAAUGCGCCAAGAAAAGCUCUCUCUGACAUUGGAAAUGCACUGCCAAAAUCAAAUGUAACAAAGGAGGGGGGUAACCAGAGAAAGAAAUGGCGGCGGAACUCCUCGGUAGUUCUUGUUACAGAACCACCACCAUCUUCCUCGCAGUCAGGUGAUUCAGAUAUCCCCAAGAAAGAGAAGACCAACAUCAGUGAAGCAAAUGUAUAUGCGGAUAUACCACAGAAAAUGCAUCCUCCUAAAUUUGAAAAUGCUUCAAUGCCCCCAAAGCCGGAGGUUAAUGACACGAAAAUACCUUUGAGAAUACCACGGGCCAUGCAAAAGCAAGGGUCAUUAAGUACAAUCCUUCCGUUGGGGGAUAGGAAUGCUAGUAAGCAAGAUGAAUCAAUAAAAAAGGAGCCAGAAGUUGAAGCUACACAUCCAAUUCGUCAAAAAAGAACACUUGCAAAAGAGAACAAUGAACUCUGA